AUGGCUACAUUUGAGCCUAAGAAAAAUUAUAUUAUUCACUAUCGAAACCUCCAGCAAGCCUUAAACAAUGGUCUCAUAGUUGAAAAGGUGCAUAGAGUUAUUCAAUUCAAGCAAUCACCUUGGCUUGCCCAGUAUAUUGAAUUAAACACUAAUAUGAGGAAAAAGGCGGAAAAUGAAUUUGAGCGGGAUUUCUUCAAAUUGAUGAACAAUGCUGUAUUCGGAAAAACGAUGGAAAACGUUCGUAAACGUAUGGACAUGGAGCUUGUAUCGUGCAACCGACGUUUGCAGAAAUUAAUUAACAGAUCGACAUUUAAAUAUUCCACCACCUAUACCGAAAACUUAAACGCAGUAACAUUAGAAAAAAAAAUCAUUGAUUUUUGUAAACCUAUUUAUAUCGGUCUCGCGGUUCUUGACAUAAGCAAGAGUUUAAUAUAUGAUUAUCAUUAUAACGUAAUGAAAAGCCACUAUGGGGAUAAAAUCGAGUUGAUGUAUACCGACACAGACUCACUGGUAUAUUUUAUUCACACUGAUAAUUUCUACGAAGACCUUAAAAAUAAUAACAACUUGCUCGAACGAAUGGAUACUUCCAACUUACCGGAGGACCAUCCAUGUUACAUUGCCGAACGACAGAAAAUCCCAGGUCUGUUUUCUGAUGAGACGGAUGGGCUCAUAAUGACUGAGUUUUGCGCGCUGCGAGCAAAGUCAUAUUCAUACAUUUUGAAUGGUGAGGAGAAGAUCAAAGCCAAGGGAAUUAGAAAACACGUUGUAAAGAAUCACAUGACGUUCUACGAUCAUAAAAAGUGUUUGUUUGACGAGGAAGAGGAGGGGGAAAAUAAAAGAGAAAAUGUCUCCAUCCGCUCUUUCAAGCAUCAACUGAUGACGAUAAAAUCGAACAAAUUAACGUUCAAUAACUUCGAUGAUAAGAGGGUGGUGCUGCAAGAUAAAGUGCACACACUGGCUCACGGACAUUACUCUCUAAAGGAAGAUGAACCCGAGGAUGAUUGGCCUGAAUUAGAUGAAGAAGGAAAUAACUGGAAGGAGGAAGAGAAAGGCUUAAUGAGAGACCUUCUACACUGCAUAACCUAA